CAAAACACCCACUCGCCGAACAUCCGUGUUGCGUCGUGUGUGUCAUUUAGCUGUGCUUGAAUAGUUAUUCAAUUGCAGCAAAGAUCAAUCGAUAGAUACAGCAGCGUGUGUGAGGACGUUCCUGCUGCACACAGUUGCUGAAGUGUCCAGACAACUCGCUAGCCGCCUUUGGAUUGUUCGCAAUCUUAUCAAAAGCACACACGACAAAUCCGCCUCUUUCUCGCCGCCGUGUUGCUACUAUGAAGCAUCAACAAGUGGUACCGGACUAUGCGGCCAUGGUGAAAACUUCCGGCACGUGUCUCUGCUUGGUAUUUUCCGGAUGGGUACUAUUUAAACUAGUACAGGCCAUUUUCUGGCUACCGGGCUAUUUGGAAAAGAAUCAGGAACAACUGUAUCGCCGGGUCGAAGAACGAUCGAGAAUGUGGCCCGACGAGGAAGUUGAUGCAGUGAAGACCAGCUCAAAAGCACGUGACCACACGUCUGCUGAAUGUACCAAUAAGGAACGUUGUUUAGAUGAAGGCCCAACGAGCGAGACAAUUAUGGAAGAGAAGGGAGAAAAUGAUGCGGUGGAGUGUGAAGCCGACAACAAAAAGGAUAAAUAAUGAGGUUGCUAUUUGGAGGAUGAUAGUGGAAAUAUUAUAAAAUUAUUCAAACACAAUUCA